GUUCGCUCUUCUUCUCAUUCUCUGAUUCUCGUUCUCUCUCAUUACAGUUGGCCAGCGUAAACGACCGGCACAUCAUCUCCGGUUUCUCCGCCACGUGUUCUGUGAAUCUCGCCGGAGAAAAUGGCGGGGGAGCAGAGUUAUCUGAUGCUGUUCGUCGACGAGACCUCUCUCUACAACAGGAUCGUUCUGGGUCACCUUCUCCCGGCGAAUCUGUGGGACCCAUUACCGCAUUUCCUCCAGACAUGGCUCCGGAACUACCUUGCCGGAACCCUACUGUACUUCAUCUCCGGUUUCCUCUGGUGUUUCUACAUCUACUACCUCAAACGCAAUGUUUACGUCCCCAAAGAUGCCAUUCCUACAAGAAAGGCCAUGCUUUUGCAGAUAUAUGUGGCAAUGAAGGCUAUGCCGUGGUACACUCUUCUUCCAACAGUUUCAGAGAAUAUGAUUGAAAAUGGUUGGACCAGGUGCUUCUCUAAGCUUGAUGAUUAUGGCUGGACCCUUUAUUUCCUUUACCUCUCCAUCUAUCUUGUUCUUGUGGAGUUGGGCAUAUACUGGAUGCACCGGGAGCUUCAUGACAUUAAGCCUUUGUAUAAAUAUCUCCAUGCGACCCAUCACAUCUACAACAAGCAGAAUACUCUUUCUCCUUUUGCAGGACUGGCUUUUCACCCACUGGACGGGAUACUUCAGGCAGUUCCACACGUGGUAGCGCUCUUUAUCGUCCCGAUCCAUUUCACGACCCAUCUGGCCCUCUUGUUCAUGGAGGCGAUAUGGACGGCCAACAUUCACGACUGCAUCCACGGCAACAUCUGGCCUAUCAUGGGAGCUGGAUACCACACCAUACACCACACCACUUACAAGCAUAACUAUGGCCACUACACCAUUUGGAUGGAUUGGAUGUUUGGUUCCCUUAAAGACCCUCUUGAAGAAGAUGAUGUCCCCAAGAAAGCAAAGUGAGAUGCCCGUUUGGGAUUCGUUCUUGCGCUGAGAUCAUUCUUGUUCUCGUGUUCUCUUCUAUCUGGCAACAUUUUAGCUGAGACAUGUUUAAUAUGCACAUUUUGUCUAGUUUUCAUUAGUUCGAUCUUUUUAUGGGCUUAGAGUUAUGGGUUUUUGAGAAUUGUGACAAAUACAAACUGUGAUGAGAUAUGAAUGUCAUCAAGAUUCGAUCUUGGA